CCAUCCUUCAGCAUCCCCUCAUCAUCAUCCACCUAUUCUCCCUCCUCCUCCUCCUUCUCCUCUCUGGCAUUUUGUGCAGCGGAGGAGGAUAGGAGGAGUGACUGCUGAGGAGGAGACAGAGGGGACUCUGAGACAACACGUCCCACGCCAGAGCCAGACAGCCAGGGAACUUUGAUUUGACGCCAAGUAGCCUGCGAUCAAAAUUACAAUGAAAAGAAAGAGCCUCGUUUCUUCCUCCUCGUCUUCUCCUUUUUCUUCUCGGGAGGCUUAGAUAUGUCGGGCGUGUGCAACAUAUGAUGUCGUUGGACUCAUAAGCUCAAUGAAGAUUUAUCUCUGAUUUCGGUCCUUAAUUCGCUGAUGGUGCCGCUUCGUUGUGCUUGCGCUUAGGUCAGCCGAAUGAAUUUGAAGGCAGUCUGAGCGCAUUGUUUCCAGCUCCGUUACAUAUGGGAUUUCGAGCCGUGAUGUCUGCAAUCUCUCGCUCUUUGUUUCUGGUUCUAGUUAGCCUUCUGUCAGUGGGGGCCCAGACAGAGAUGAAAAAGGUCGUUGGGGACAAUGCCACCUUGCCAUGCCACCACCAGUUCUCAUCAUCCGUCCCUCUUGACAUUGAGUGGCUACUGCAGAAACCAAACUCCCCACAGAAAGUGAUUAUUACCUUCUUUGGGGGAAACGUGUACAUCAGUGACCCCAUGGAUACUGAGCCAAACCAUCUGUCCUUUGCUGGGGAGUACCUGGGUGGAGACGCCUCCCUACUCAUCAGUGACCUGCUGCUGAGCGACACGGGGGAGUACUACUGUAAAGUCAAGAGUGGGGGAAAGUACCACUGGAGCCAAGUCAACCUCAUUGUAUUGGUCAAGCCUUCCAAGCCGAGAUGCCGGAUGGAUGGCAAGCUCCAAGAGGGCAGUGAUGUCAAGCUGAGCUGCAAAUCCAGCGAUGGUUCAGACCCCAUUAGCUACAAGUGGGAGCGAGUGCUGGACAAAGGCAAGAGCCUGGGAAAACUGCCAAACCUGGCGCUGAUAGAUCUGAAGAACCCAGAGAUUGUGACCCUGAGGAAUCUCACCAUGGACAGCACAGGUGUCUACAGGUGCACUGCAAGCAAUGACGUGGGAGAGGAAAACUGCACCAUCGAGGUCACAAUAAAACACGUGAGGGAUGUGGGGAUGGUUGCGGGCGCAGUGGUGGGUAUAUCCCUCGGUGUCCUCAUUGUGAUAUUAAUCAUCUGGCUCGUCUUCCGGAAGAAAGAGAAGAAGAAGUACGAGGAAGAGGAGACCCCAAAUGAGAUCAGGGAGGAUGCCGAGGCUCCCAAGGCCAAGCUAGUAAAGCCCAACUCCUUGUCCUCAUCCCGCUCCGGCAGUUCACGCUCCGGUGCCUCCUCCACCCAGUCCAUGGUGCACAACACUGCCCAGCGUGGUCACCGCCCUCGCCCACCUGCUGUAGCAGCUCUCAAGGAAAAUGGACACCCUCCUGGUUUCCCCCAGUCCCCUCCAUCCUACACUACAGUGGUGCCCCCUAAAACCACUGAGCCCCCUGCCACUCCCAAAUUCAACUCCAGGAACAUGUCCGCGCCUACACCCCCAACCCUCAUGGUGCCCGCCCAGACCAAGGCCUUUCAGACUGUGUAGGACUGAAAGCCAGCCCCUUCUUACAGCCAUGCGAGACUCCCAUCCCUUUCCAAGCCCACCAGCCCCGUCCCAAAGACUAAGACUCUUCCAUAAACAAAGAAAUGCGACUAGUUAAAAGGAUGUAAUUAAAAGAAUCAAUACUAUAAGUCCAAAAGUACUUUUAAUGAAUGCAUAUUUAAAAAGGGAAAAAUAAGACAUGCUUGCCCCCUAUUGAAUUACAUAAAACAACAAAACAAAAGAAAAAGCAGCAACCUAAGUUUGUCUCAUGGCUAAAGGCAGAACUUAUUUUCUUGAGUUCCUUCACUUGACUUCGGAAGGCACAGGGAAGCACCAUGAGCAGUGAGGUGGAAGAAGCCCCUAGUAAAGCUUUUAUUUAUUCAUGAAAUCCAAGGGUUAGGCAUACAGUAGGGGGAAAAAAAGGGAAAUAGUCUGGAUAAUAGCGUAAAUCUAAAGUCUGAACCAAUGGAGUCUCAUUGCUUUUGAGCAUCAGUUGUAAGAUAUGAGUGCAAGCAGGAUGGAGAAAAAUAAGGACGAAAGCAGAAAAACGUAUGACAGCAACUUUUUUUUCUCUCUCCCUCUCGGAGGACGGGGUUUGUGGUGAUUCUCAGAUUCAUGUCACCCUGCAGCCCUAACUUGCUGCUUCCAGCACCUGCUCCGAAACCACAAAAGCCCCCCUUUGCUUCCCAUGGGCUGGGCCAAUCGUGCCCAUCCGUGUAGACAGGCACGGCGCGUGGCAUGUGCAUCAUCUGCCUCGGUGCUCUUGGUCUUUUCGUGCUCUCAUGAGGAAGCCAUGAGAAACCACGACAGUUGUGAGACUGAUUCAGUUGCCUCACAAACAGCUCAUCUGCUUUACCAAUCAGCAGGGGAUACUUCAGGUACAAGGAUGUAGCACUGAUGUUAAUUCAAAUCAGUCUUACCCCCAGUCGUUAGCCUCCCCUCUUCCCCCUCGCGGAUCCUGUGUGCAUCUAUGGACAUCUUUUUCUGGUACCAAAUAUCCUCCCUGAAUAAUUAAAUAGUAUUUAUUAGGCUUGUAGUGAUACUUUAAAUAUAGGGAUAAGCAUUCUAUUAGAACCAGCUGGACUUGUUUUUCUUUUCUGUGUAUCUUCUCUAUGAACAGGUUGUAAAGAGUGACAGACAGCCAUGUGUCCAUUCAUUCAUAUUAAGAAGUGCCACCAAUCCCUAGGAUGGGUUAUUAUUAUUACAAUUAUUAUUGUUAUUAUGGCUUUUUUAACUCUUUUGUUUACCUACUACAUUUCUGAACUGAAACCAAAAUUUGUCACCAUGAAUGUGUGCUGUACAAAGAUGGUGGAUCCCAUUGUUUUCAGCCUCUUGUAAACAUACUGAAUCAAUACUCAUGCCAAGGCACAAAGAAUUGACCACGAGGUUCAAUUUGAAUGAAGGGAGCAAGGAGUAUGAUUCUAGAGAUUUCUAUUGUACAGCGUGUGUGUGGUAUCAUUGUCAGUACUCUCAUUGGAUCCAUUAAAGUGGUGUGGCACUUGAUUGCUGUCUUGCUCAGUCACCAGGUCCUGCUUGGUCAUUGGUUAAACUGUGCUUAUCAGCCAGUCCCGCUUUUGUCAUGUCCUCAGACAUACCCAGUGCAAUUUGAUUGAAAGUAGCUGAAAAAAGGGCAAGUAGCCUAUCUAGUGUGCCUUCGCAAUUCCUCUUUCCUUUGAUGUUUUUUUUUUCUUUGUCCUUAUCUUCAGCACACCAGUGGUUAAGUCUCACAUCCAGCUUUGAAGGUCAACAGCAGCAAAUACUGAGAGAUACACCUAAACAAACUUGCCCCUAGUAAUAAGCGAGGCAGCCUAGGGACCGCCAAGCAGAGUGAAUUAUCCCUGGUGAGCAAAGCAAUCCCAUGCCACGGGACUAUGUACUGUACAUUCUGUAAUCAGUCUUGUUUUAUAUUGUACAUACAGAUAGAUAUACGCACAUGAUGUCAUUUAAUUUAAAACACAAGGGUAUGUAAGGGGAGAUCCCCCCCCCCCCUUACAAAAGAGUCAAAAGGGAAACCCAAAGUGAAUUUAGACCGUGUGUUUUUAUACACAUGCUGUGUGAACAUGUGAAGCCCCUGUGUCACCAGAUUUACAUCAAAACAAAUUCGGUGCAACACAAGGUAUAAACAAUUAAAAUCAAUUUGUUUUGUCUAAGACAAGAUCCCAUCAUACAUACUGGACAGAUUCCCAUAAGAGGUAUAGAUUUUAUUAAUUAGUGUGACAGUAAUUGUUUUCUUUCUGUUUUAGUGACCCUUUGACCUUCCUCAUUUUAUCCUACCAUUGGGAUAAAAUUGCCCUUUUACCCAAUAUCAACACAUUUGAUAUGUAAAAAAGUUUCCAAAUUCAUUCCAACAACUGACAAAAAAAAGAAUUAUUAAUUUAGGAUUAGUUGGGUUUAAAAUCAUGCUAAACUGGAACUAAAACCACUGCCAGCACUAUCUUAACAUGGUCAACAAAGGAAAACAAACUAACCCUAACUAAAAAUCUAUAAGAAGCUGCCUUCAGACAGGAAUUUCAAGGUGAAUGUAUGAAAUAGAUAUUUACUGAUAUUUAACAUAAUAUGUAAAGAUAUGUAAUAGUUUUAAAGCAAUCAGGUGGAGUUUUCAUUUAUGUUAGAAAUAUUAAUUAUGUUAACCAAUUAGUGGCCAUCCAGUAUGUUGACCUAUGCUUACUUUAUUUAAGUCAGCAUGGCCUUCUGGAGAGUUAUGUUGCACACACCUGUUCUAAAUGAACAAACAGGUGGCGACAACAGAGAGCAUUACAUGAUGAAGGUGCUCAACCAGUAACCGUGGCAAUCCCAGCUUACCUAGCAUAUACUCUGAGAUAGCAUUUUAACUAUCUAGCUAUCAUUGUGUAUCCUUGACCAGGUCUCCACAGCGAUAAUUUGCUAGUUAUGAUGAAAAUCUUCAUCAGAGCAGAAUUUAUACUACUCUGAACUCUAGCUCGCCAAAAGAAAAAUUCACUAUUCUGCAUUUUCACUCCUUAUGUUUUUAAAUUGCUGAGCUCAGCUAUGAAAGUGGAAGACCACUAAAUGAGCAAAAAUUAUAGUAUAAUCAAACCAUGCACAGUCUGUAUAGUUAAUUGAUGAUGAAUGUUUGGCAAAUAAAUUAAUUAUCUUGGUUUGGACAUAUAAAAAAAAUUGUUUUUUUUUGUUAGUUUUAUGACCCCAUUGCCUCUCAGGACAAACGGUAACUGAAGAUCCCUUUACUGGUUUAAAGUAAGUUGCUCUUUCCUCCAUCAAUACUUAUAUACCUGUAACUUCUAAAUCUGAAUUCCACAUUAUAGUGAAACGUUUCUUGUGCAAUGAAGUUUUUUAACCUAAAAUGUUCAGAAAACCAGCAUCUGUCUGAAAAGCACACUUGGUUUGAUUUCACACACGGGAUUUCACACAUGACUAAGUGUGAGGUAAAUUUAGAAAAACACGAAACAAAACAAUGCCUUUUAUAUUUAACUACAGACAGCAAUUCAUAUUUAAGCAGGGAAGCUACUGUGUAUGUGUGCGUCUGAGUGUGCGAGGGUGCAUGCGUGCAUGCAUGCAUGUGAAUGUGCGUGAGUGUGUGGGUGUAUGCAUGUAAAUUCGGUACAAGCCCUCGGGCCACACCCACACAUUCCCAUGUUAGCCAUUCACUGAAUGAGAAGGAUCCAGCCAGGCAAAGCAACUUCUAUCCAAAUUGAUAUGACUGCAGACUGGCAGUGUUUAUUUUAGUUUUCACUGACUUGUAUGCCUAUUGAACUUGGCUUCGCAGGCGGUAGUCUUGUUUUUGCUCGUGGGGGUGGCGUCCUGAGAUAAAGCACGUCCAUAAUUCAUAACUAUCAUGAGCUCUGGAGGCCACUUGUGCGCUCCCUCCUUGGUCUUGCUGUCUUUUAACACAGAAUGCACUUGGCCCUGGGUGUACUGAUGGCAUCUCAAGGUGCAUGCGUACGCACAUUUAACACAAACAGGUAAAAGUUGUAUAUACACACACAUACAGACAUGUAUACGCUGUAUUCAGGUGCACACAAAAACACAGGUGUGUUCCUCAUGUACAUUCACAGUUGGCACGCACAUCGUCACAAACACGUACACGGUGUACGCAAACAAAAGCCAAACCACAUUUCUUGUUUUUUCUGCUCCUUCAGAAUCAAUUUGAUGGAUCGAAUGUCUGAAGGUAUUACAGCUGACUGAUGGAACCAGGAUACUAAAUACAGCACAGAAAGGGACACACAACAGUGCAUCCACCCAGAGGACAUCUGCUGUCUUACACACACACACAUGCACAUAUACAAAAGCAGCUAGUGUAACAAAACACACACACUUGCACUUAGAAAGACAGACACUGCUAUGCAUCUUAACAAUCUGGAUGGCAUAUGCCUAAAGACUUUUUUUUAGGAAUCUGUGAGUGUAGUCCUGGGAAUUAGGAGUGGUGUAACAGGAUUGAUACUGAGCCAGGAAUGUAGGCUCUUGUCAUUGAAAUUCCCUCCACCACUGAUGAAAGUAGCAGUGGAGGUGGAGGAUGGGAUGCGAGUCUCCCAGCUGUUAAAUUCCUCCAAGCUUUUUGAUUUGCUUUCCAGCAUCUGCAAGUCUCAGGUGGCAGAUUCCCCAGUUUAUGAGCCCUCGCGUUGCAUCUCUCCUCUCAUGUGUGCAGCUUAGUGGCCCGGCAAACUUGUGCUCUUUCCAACAAAUGAAUUUUAAGGCGCUUCAAUGUCAGUUCAGCAGAGAGGAGGAGGAAAGUCUUAAAACAAGUCAGUGUCAGCAGCGCAUCCACUAUCAUCCCUUAGUACAGUAUCCAUCAGUACUAUAUACUGUCUUAUUAUCAUCACUCAAAGGUGCAGUAAAAUCAGUAAUGGUUAUCUUGCAUUAUAUGAUAGGAGUAUGACUCUCAUGUAGCCACAUUGUUUUAUGUUUGAAUUAAACGUCAGUUGUGUUCUGAUUAAAGUUGUUGAGCAGGGCAAAGUGAUGCUCGGACUUUGUGGUUUGGCCUUGUAUGUCAGCAUAAGGGAAUGUGAUGUAUUAAUACUUUUUUCCAAAAGGAGACUGAUGGGGCUUAAUUCAACUUCAAGAGGGAAAGAAAGCAAAGAUACCUGCAUGUUAUAUAGGAAAUGAGCAGAUGAUUGGGAAUGCUUUGCUUUGAUGUAACAUAACUGUAAUCGGUUUAAAAAAAAUACAAAUCAAAACUUGUAAAUAUAUCCACAUAAAAAUUUUAUGAAGCUUUAUUUUGUUAUCUUCCUUAGUUUGUUUUUUUAUUUGAUUUUUUUUUUUUUUCCAAAAUCCUUGUAUAUCACACUAUUUUGUGCGCCAAGCUCAUCAUCGGCCUGUGUGGGAUCUGAGUGGUUGGCUGUUUCUCUUGGCUCCAUUAUUUCAGUGUCAAGGGGAGACACGCUCAUCACGGCGUUACUAAAGGGAAAUGUAAGACACCUUUGUUUUCUUUACUCGCAUUUGUUUUUCUAAUGUGGCGUCUUCUUGGUUUUGUAAAACAGUAUACGAUUUUUUGGUUUCUUCGUUCGAUGAAAACAAUCCAUGUAAAUAUCACGAGUCAAAAAAAUGUAUAUUUUUACGAUCUCUGAGUUAUUACUCUUUCAUUUGCAAAUAAAAUAUUCAAUGACAACUUA